UUUCACUGAUCACACAUUCUUCGAAUUAGUUAAACAACACAAAAGCAAAAUAUGUCAAUAACUUUGUUACAUAAAGGAGAAAUGUUAUCUGUUAAUGUUCGGUCUUGGAGGCAGUGCACCAGAAAUUUAUACCGCACACUUUCUACGAAUGCAAAUGAAUAUCAAUGUGAAAAUGAUACUAAGACUAAAAAAGUUAACCGGUCAAUGCUUUUAACCCAACAUAGAAAUGUCUUAUUUGAUAUUAUGCCAUACAAUGAACCCAGUUCUUGGAUUCAUUUGACGGAAAAGUAUAAGAAAAAAUUAUUUGGACGGUAUGGCUUAUCAUCAGAAGUCGAUCCUUCCAUUUGUUUUAAUGCUAAAGGACUGCAUGAAAGCAAUGAAAAACAUGUGUUGGAACAGAUGCUAUUAAAUCAGAGAAAUAUAAGAAUGAAGGAAAAUCAGGCCAUAAAGAGCAGAGAAGCGGAAAUCGCUGCAAAGUUAGAAAAAUUAGAACAGUGGAAGUUGGAGAUGAAAAAUAAAAUUGCUAAAAAGGAAGCAGACGCCUUGGCAGCGAAGCAGCAAAAACAAAGACUGAUCGAGGAAGUUCGAAGACAUUUUGGUUUUAAUGUGGACCCUCGGGACGAAAGAUUUAAAGAAAUGCUGGAACAAAAAGAACGAGAGGAAAAGAAGAAACAAAAGGAAGCUAAACGGAAGGCUAAAGAAGAUAAAAUGAUGGCGAGAAUUGUAGGAAAUAAUUCGAGUUCCUAAAAAACGAUAAAUAUAAACAAUCAUAUUUAUAAUAUUUUAAAAAUUAAAA